UCGGCCUUUUUCUUGUUCUGCUCUGAGUAUCGCCCCAAAAUCAAAGGCGAGCACCCUGGCCUGUCCAUCGGGGACGUUGCGAAGAAGUUGGGAGAGAUGUGGAAUAACACUGCGGCCGAUGACAAGCAGCCUUACGAGAAGAAGGCCGCCAAGCUGAAGGAGAAAUAUGAAAAGGAUAUCGCCGCGUACCGGGCUAAAGGGAAGCCCGAUGCUGCCAAAAAGGGAGUCGUCAAGGCCGAGAAAAGCAAGAAAAAGAAGGAGGAAGAGGAGGACGAAGAUGACGAG